AUGCUAGGUAUCACUACUGUGUCUUACAAGUAUAACAUAAUGGGAGGAUACACUGAUUUCUUACAGGCCAAAAGAGGAAUUAGGCAAGGUGAUCCAAUAUCACCUAUGCUCUUUGUCCUUAUAAUGGAGUACAUGAAUAGAAUUUUGCUUAAAAUGCAAAAUGACCCUAAUUUCAAUUAUCAUGCUAAAGCGAGAGUCUGA